CUUUUUUAGUUGGUGAAAGAUUCUAUAAAAUGCACACUGUAGCCCACAUCAUCCCGCAAGCGUAUCCUGCAAGCGUAUCCCGUCAUCACUGUCAUCUCACACCAUGGUCGGCCCGCGAGAUCGAUUCGAGUGCCAGGAAAGAAACUGUUCCCGCUCGUAUUUGCGGAAAGAGCAUCUGGUUCGGCACCAGAAGGAUCACACUGAUUUCCGACCAUUUCAGUGCCAUUUGUGUACCGCCACAUUCAACAGAAAGGACCUUUGUAAUCGGCAUAUAGCACUUUCCCACAAAGUACCCAAGUCAGAGCCUGACACCGCCGGUAGGCAGGAACGCCCUCUAGCUUCCUCCGAUGAUGCAAUCAAUUCAACUCGUACGAAUGGCAAUCAGGUAGUCCAGGCUAUGUUCACCACUAGUUGUGUGACCCAGAGCCUGCGUUCAGAGGAAUCCCUCGCAAUUAAGACGAGACCUGAACAUAUAGUAUGCAUUGACCAAACCUUAGGUUCAGAGAACAUGGAGCUGAUUGAACUCUACUUUUGUCGAAUUCAUCCGCAUUGGCCGUUGCUUGGCCACAGGAUCUUUGUCAGCACACCUCAACCAGAACGUCUUGUACGAUCAGUACUUGUCGCUGGCCUUUGGGUGAAACAGCACCCCAACACAAGAGAAAUGGCGCAGCUCCAGUAUGACGUCUUGUUGCAAGAUCUUAGUAAAACACUAUUCAACUAUCAGAAGCAAAGUCACGACUGUGCUCAUGUUUCAUCUGACCAGCUUCCUAUGUUUCAAGCUCUCAUCAUACCAUUGAUCCUAGCAACCUACAGAGGUAGUGAGGCAUUCGGAGCCCUUACAAUGAACACCAAGUUUCUUUUUGGACUUUUCGAUCGAGCAGGCUUGUUCUCGCAGAACAAGAUUGACGAACAGUGUUCCUCCCCCGUUGUACGGGAACAAUACCUAUUUAUAGCUUAUUAGGAAUUUAAUAUUAAGUUAUUUUAAAGGGCUUAAAAGAAUUAAUUAAUUAAAGGAAAAGUAAGAUAUAGGUAGGAAAAGUGUAAGGCUUGCUUAUCGGCGACGGUUGCUUAUUAUGUAUAUUAGAGUUGAUUUGGUUAUUAGUUAGUAGGGUCCAAAAUAGAGUAUCACCGCGAUAACAAUUGCACGCCCCAUUAUAUAAAAUACACAACGUAACAAUGGCAUAGACACUUCAAGUUCAAUUUUUUUCUCCAAAUUAUCAUUAAUCGUUCCUCCAUCUUUCUCA